AUGGCUGAUACGUCAGCCAUCAAUCCAGUUGUCAAAGGGCCGAGCGAUGACAGCAGCCUGGAACUUUACACCGCACUGCUAGAUUGGAUGGUCAACAAUGGUGGCGAGCUCCAUGAAAGCGUUGAAAUAGCAAAGGAUGAACGGCGCGGUGUGCAUCUUCAAGUCAAGGAAGGCUGGAAGGAUGGAGUUCCUAGUAACACACAUAUCAUCAAAACGCCCCUGACUGCCACAAUGUCGUACUUCAAUGUUAUCGGCCAUAGAUUUAACAUUGAUGAUGGAGGUACCGUUUCAUUCCCUGAGCAUGGUGUCCAUCUCCCUCGUAGCUUUACGGGAGCAGUGGGACAGGAAGACUCAUCGAUUUUCUUCUUGAUUGGCCAGUAUCUCCGUGGAAAGGAGAGCUUUUGGUACCCGUAUAUCAGGGCGCUUCCUCAGCCUGGUGCGUUGACGACCCCUCUGUACUAUGAGGGUGAUGACCUGGCAUGGUUGGAGGGCACAAGUUUAUCCCCAGCGAGGGAGCAGAAAGCCAAGUUAUUGAAGGAGAAGUACCACAAUGCACAUACUGACCUUCGUAAGUCUGGGUUUGAAGGGGCGGAGAAGUACACCUGGGAUCUUUAUCUCUGGGCAUCGACUGUCUUUGUCUCGCGUGCAUUUUCUGCCAAGGUCCUUUCUGACGUGAUUCCUGAUACUCAGCUUCCUGAGGAAGAUGUUUCUGUGUUACUUCCCUUCAUUGAUAUUCUGAAUCAUCGGCCGCUUGCAAAGGUAGAAUGGCGUGCUGGAAAAGACAACGUCGUAUUUCUAGUGCUGGAAGACGUCGCUGCUGGCCAGGAGGUUUCGAACAAUUAUGGGCCCCGAAAUAAUGAGCAAUUAAUGAUGAACUAUGGUUUCUGCCUUCCUGACAAUCCUUGUGACUAUCGAAUUGUCAGCUUACGAGCACCACCUGGUAGUCCACUCCAGAUGGCAAAAUCUCAACAGCUACAGAUGUUUCCUGGGCUAGCCAAAGGGACAGACGAUCACUACUACGUAUUCAAUGUCUUUUAUCCGCUUCUUGCUCCUCAUACCCCCAUGGAGCAUUCGAUAUUUUCCCCAGCACUCUUCAACGCGGUCUCAAUUUUGGCUGCAAACAACCGAGAAUUAGAGACUCUUGAGAUCACAGAGCAAGACAUCCGAAUCCCAGACGUUUACGGGAACUCGCGCACUAUUAUUGCCGCCCUUAGCCAGAUCAUCAUUGAGCUGAUUACACACAUUGUGAAAUUGAAGUCUUCAGCAGCCGACCUACAAACCCCUGGCAACCUCAAACAGACCCAUGCAAAGAUUUAUCGCGACAGCCAAAUCAUGCUGUCCGAAACAGCUCUUAUCAUCGCGGCAUGGACCCUUAACCGGGCACGAGAGCAUGAAUAUGGAAGAAGCUGGGAGGACACAAAACUCCUUCUCGGUUCUCAUAUGGCCCGGGUACCCCGUGGGAAAUUCCCAGAGGAAGUACAGUCCCGGAUGCAGGUGCGGAUUCUAGAGCGCCAGUCGCUUCUUGCAAACAAUGGAGAACUGUUCUUGUUGGAUGACUUGAUCGAAAUACUUCCCACUGAGAUGAAACACCCCUGUAAGGUGUGCUUCCUGGGCGUUACUCAGAGUGCUGAAAAGUCUAUCCCAAUGCUGAAGGGAAGCUCCGAGACAUCCACCUUUGCGUUCCCGAUGUUCCUUUGCUUUAUCAGAGCGGCCCACGCCGCUGGAGAACCUAAUCAGGGGACCGCUUUGCUUCCAUCUCGUCUAAGCAAAUGGGUUAGAUGCCUUCUAGAGAAUUAUCCAGCCCCUCCUAACAAUGUGCUAUGGGCACUCGAGGAUGAGGAUGACGAACACCUAUUGGAUAUGCUUGAUAAUACUCUCGAGGCGAUGAAAACCCAGAGUGGAAGUAUCUUCUCUAACCUGGAGAAGUUUACAGGAGAAUGGGAGAAAGACGACUGGUGGCUUUCUCCCAACUGGCUGCGAUGGGCAUGGAUGAUUACAGAGCAAGAGAGUGUGCAGGUGCCCGAGGAACCGUUAGGGUUGUUGGCUGCGGGACAAGGGCAAGUGAUGCUAUCUACGGCGUCGUGUUUGUACAUUCCGCAGGAGUAG